UAUUUUUUUGUAGGUAUGAUUACUCUGGCUAUGGUCAGUCAACUGGAAAGCCAACUGAGUGUAAUACAUAUGCAGACAUAGAUGCAGCUUACAAGUGCCUUAAGGAAGAUUAUGGAGUUAAAGAUGAACAAUUAAUUUUUUAUGGCCAGUCUGUUGGUAGUGGACCUACGGUUGAUCUUGCUUCUCGUUUGCCCAACUUGAGAGGUGUUGUUCUACAUAGCCCAAUUUUGUCAGGCAUGAGAGUAUUAUACCCUGUCAAAAGGACGUACUGGUUUGACAUUUAUAAGAAUAUUGACAAGAUUGGAGCAGUGAACUUUCAGGUUUUGGUAAUUCAUGGGACAGCUGAUGAAGUCGUGGAUUCUUCUCAUGGCAAACAGCUAUGGGAGCUUUGCAAGCAUAGGUACGAUCCUUUAUGGGUGAAUGGAGGAGGACAUUGCAAUCUUGAGCUCUACCCGGAAUUCAUUAGGCAUUUGAAGAAAUUUGUACUGUCUCUAAACAAAUCGAAAGCAGCCACAAACGGUUCCCGAUAAUAUGGUUGAGAACUCUGGCAAUCAGACAAAACCAUCCGAUGGUGCAACUUUGGAUACUUUUAAAUUGGAUGCCGACCUUCCAGAAGUUUCUAGAAACAGCUUAGAUAGUCGACUCGAGAAGUCUAAGAAGUUGAAUAAGCCUGAGAAGUCUCGAAUGAGCACGGACCGAAUUGUCGAUAGUUUAGACGAAAAAAGGAAUCAGUUUGGUGAUUACUUGCACAAAGAACAUCAUAAAUAAGGUAUGCAGAUCUAUCUAGUUUGAGGUAACAUACUUCUUUUCCACUUAAGCUUUUGUAAUAUUUUCAGAAUGAGUGAAGAUUCUCGUAAAAUGUUAUAAUCUUUCUGUAU